AGUGUACGAUCUCGAUGUCUGGUUGAACGCUAGUCCUCAAUCUGACAAAUGGCAGCCAGAGGCAAUAUUCCAGCAGCAUAUGAGGGGCGUUCUGUCCAAGCUCCUGGGAUGAUGCGGCAUGGUCCAUAUACUGGUGUAAGUUCUUCUGCAGGCCAUCCUUCUCUAGAGGCCCUGCCCCGUCAAAUGUUGGGGGAUGAAAUUGCUUCUCAGGAAGAAGAAAUAAAGCGACUAGUGGGCGACAACCGUAGGCUGGCAAGUACUCAUGUGGCCUUGAGAGAAGAGCUUGUCGCUGCUCAGCAGGAAGUGCAUAAACUGAGGGCACAUAUUAGGAGCAUUCAAACUGAAAGUGAUAUCCAGAUCAGAGUUUUACUGGAUAAGAUUGCAAAAAUGGAGAGAGACAUUAGAGCUAGUGAGAAUGUAAAGAAGGAACUCAAACUAGCCCAUCUUGAAGCGCAGAGCUUGGUAGCCACUAGACAAGAACUGAAAAGCCAGAUUGAAAGAGCUACUCAGGAAUUGAAGAAAGUCCGUGGUGAUGUCAAGAGUUUGCCAGAUCUGCAGGAUGAACUGGACAGCUUAGUGCAAGAACACCAGAGAUUACGUGCAACCUUUGAAUAUGAAAAGAACAAAAACGUUGAGUUAGUGGAGCAACUAAAAGCAACAGAGAAGAAUCUGAUAGGAAUGGCAAGAGAAGUUGAAUUUUUACGAGCUGAGAUUCAGAAUGUUGAGAAAAGAACACAUGCACCAAAUCCGUAUGGUGCUGCUGCAGCAAUACCCAGAACCUUUGUUGAUGCCUAUGGGAGAGCUCAAGUAGGAGAGACAGCACCAGCGUAUGGGGCCGGCAAUGGCCGGCAGCUUUGACUAGGGCUGCUAGGGCUGGACUGCUUGAUUCCUCAGUUCCUAGGAAGUGAUGUUUCGUGAGGAGCAAUCAGAUGUAAUUCUUGAUUCUAGCUGUUGCUAGUAUAAGCCAUGAAUUGAUGGUUAUAUUGUUUAUAUAUAAAACACAGAUCUGAUGGCUCUAUUGUAACCCCUCUCUAUAUAAUGUCAGUGAAUUUUGUAAAGUGCUGAAUAAAAUUUGUAAUGGCCUCUUGUAAUGUAUUUAUUUAAACUUAUUUAAAAAAAUUUUAAAUAAAGAACUCUUUUUUU